AUGGCGAGUGGCGGCAAGCACGUCGUCUUCGACAUUGUCGGGACAUGCGUCGGGUACGAGGCCUUCUUCGACAUCCUGGACGCCCGCAUCGGCGACCGCCUCCGCGCCCACGGCAUCAGCGCCAAGAUCUUCGGCUUCUCGUGGAUGGAGUGCGCGGAGCGCGAGUUCACCUUCCUCGACCUCUCGGGCCGCUACAAGCCCUUCUUCCCCAUCUUCAGGCCGCUCUUCUUCCGCGUGCUGGGCCAGGUGGGCAUCCCCAGGCCGAGGGAGCUCUUCAGCGAGGAGGACGCCGAGGUGUGCGCCGAGGGGUACAAGGCGCUCAAGGCGAGGCCCGGCGUGCAGGAGGCUUGGCAGAAGCUGAGGGACGCGGGGUUUACCGUCUGGGCCCUUACGACGGGCGACAAGGCGAGGGUGAAGGGCUACCUGGCUGGCGCGGGCCUGCACUGUCCCGACGAGAAUUUCUUCACGUGCGAUGGGCUGGAUGUCAGGAAGCCCGUGCCCCAGGCUUACCAGUUCGUGUUGAACCAGUUCAAGGGCGCUGAGGAGACGUGGUUUGCCGCCGCGCACAUGUGGGACGCGUCAGGAGCAAAGGCGAAUGGAUUCAAGGCUGCCUGGUGCUCCGUCUGGGAGAUCGAGCCGGUGCCGGAGGUAUUUGGUGCGGUCGACGUGGUUUCAGACAGCUUGGUUGAGAUGGCAGAGAAGAUCAUGGAGGCGUCCAAGAAAUGA